UGACUCACGAUAUCUGGCUUCUAGACCCGAGGUGAUCCGUCCUAAUUUCGAGCUUCGCCGUCGAAUCCAAACCUGUAAGCGGCGAAACCCUAACCUUGGAGCGUGAUCGGGAUCUCUCUGCGGCUGAGGCUAUUUAAGAACAAGUAGAUCAUGAAAGGACUUAGUAGAACUAGCAGCGGGCGUACUAGUACUACUACGCAGUCAAGAACAAGACGGGACUGAAUAUCGAAUAGCCAUAUCAAAAGGUUUUUAGAGAUUGCACUGACAGAUUGAACUAACAAAGUAAAUGAAAUUCUCGUUUCAUUCGUGUAGUUACCGUGUCGCCUAUUUGUCUGAUUAUAGCGUACGUCUACGAUUGCACCACUCCCUUCACAUCAAAACAUAUAUCUACAUAGAAUAGAGUAGUUUAUAGACGGUGGGAAGGUGGGCACGGUGGGCGACGCUGGGCCGCUGGGCGGCCACGCUUGGCACGGUGGGCGGACCCGUGGCACACAUGGGGGGCACGCUGGGCGCGUAUAGCGUUGCCCCGCUGCUUCCGCCAAUGUCCAAGCCCGCAGUCGAGGGCGGCGCGGCGCUGUGCUCUUUUGCGGAGUGGCCACGUUCUCGCUGCUUGCGGUGCUUCGCUGCUGUAUGCAGUGCCGCGUGGGUGUGUAGAGUGCGGCGCAGCGCGCGUUGUGCCUCACUGCUCUGCUGCAAUGUGCGGCCAGUGCUGCUGAGGGAUAUUCCCAGGCGGGCCAGUAGGUGGGCGCCCCGAUUCGUAUGCAGCUUGCUCUAGAUCUAGGGCGCACGCGCUUACUCUGCCGGGUGGCUUCAGAAAUGGGCGCCCCGAUUUUUGACCCCAAGUCUCGCGUUGGGCGCACGGUGGGCGACAUCUUCCGCAGAAGACCCACUUUUGGGCCGCCCAGCGGCCCAGCGUGACAAGCGUGCCCACCGGUGCAAUCCUGGGGAGGGAGUAAACUUUCCUAAUAGAAGUAUCCUAAUUUUGUGUACUUGCAUGAACAAAUGACAACACCGCACAAACUUUGUCAAAGACAUACUAGUUUUUAUCUGAUCAUCCUCAUCGAAGGAGAAAGAAUGCUUAGACCAGAUGCUGCGUGUAUUCGGGUCAGUCAGUACUAGUUGUAGAGCACGUCCACAGAAAUAGUCUCUGGUCCCGAUAUAUCAGAUCGCCGUACAUGUUUAGGAAAAUAAAGCCAGUAGCAGAGCUAGUCCAUUGUUGACUUUCGUCGCUAUAGAUAAGAUAGAAGUGAAUUCUUAGUGGUCCUAGGAAAUAUUAGUAGCCGCGUUCAGAUUCUUCGCGCACGGUAUUUCGUUUGUUGUUUGCGAAUAGCAAAACAAUUCUUUUCAUUUGUGCACAAAUUGAAAAUACAAUUUUGAUAAUAUUGAAACAUAACAUUUUAUUUUGAUGCCUGCUACACGCACACGAUGAAAAAAUUGGCUCAUAAGUAUAAACAUAGCAUUCUGACGACAUAUAUUUUGUUUUAGAGAGGAGGACUAACACGUAGAAGUUGCUCACCCUCACCAGGUCGAUAAGAUUUUUUCACCAGGUUGAUAAGAUUUCGUCUUUUCUGGAACCGUG